CACGUGCGGCGGGGCUUCGAGCCCGGGAGCCCGGGAGCCCGCGGCUGUGAGGAAGAAGAAGCAGGAAGUAUAAAUGAUUGUUGGGACAACCAGGAGCCGCCUGCGCUCUCUACGUGCAGCAAUGCCAGUAUCUUCCGAAGGAUAAAUGCCAUACUGGACAAUACGCUGGAUUUCAGUCAAGUCUGCACGACACCCGUAAACCGAAGAAUUCAUGAUCAUUUGCCAGCAGACUUCCAGGACUCUGAAGAAGCAGUUCCGAGCAAGAUGCUCUUCCCCACCUCUGCGCAAGAACCUUCCCAUGGCCUCCCAGAUGCAAAUGACUUGUGCCUUGGCCUGCAGUCCCUCAGUCUGACGGGCUGGGACCGGCCCUGGAGCACGGACGCAGACUCCUCAGCCCAGAGCAGCACACACCCGGUGUUGAGCAUGCUUCAUAAUCCACUGGGAAAUGUCCUAGGAAAAAAUCCCUUGAGCUUCCUGCCUCUGGAUCCUCUUGGGCCUGACCUGGACAAGUUUCCAGCACCUUCUGUUAGAGGACCCCGCUUGGACACCCGGCCCAUCCUGGACUCCCGUUCUAGCAGCCCCUCUGACUCAGACACAAGCGGCUUCAGCUCUGGAUCGGACCAUCUCUCGGACUUGAUUUCGAGCCUUCGCAUUUCCCCUCCUCUGCCCUUCCUAUCCUUGGCCGGGGGCAGUUCCCGGGACGCUCUGAAGAUGGGCGUGGGGUCCCGGACGGACCAGGAGCCGGCCACUCUCGCUGCAGUCGCCCCCUCCCCAGCCAGUGCUUCCAAGAGAUGCUGGCCAGGAGCAUCUGUGUGGCCGUCCUGGCACCUCCUGGAGGCGCCCAAAGACCCCUUCAGCAUAGAGCGAGAGGCCAGGCUGCACCGGCAAGCUGCAGCUGUGAAUGAAGCCACCUGCACCUGGAGUGGCCAGCUUCCCCCUCGGAGCUACAAGAACCCCAUCUACUCGUGCAAGGUGUUCCUGGGAGGCGUCCCCUGGGACAUUACGGAAGCGGGGUUGGUUAACACCUUCGGUGUGUUUGGCUCUCUGAGUGUGGAGUGGCCUGGUAAGGAUGGCAAGCACCCCCGGCGCCCUCCCAAAGGUAAUGUGCCUAAAGGAUAUGUGUACCUGGUGUUCGAGCUCGAGAAGUCUGUGCGGGCCUUGCUUCAGGCUUGUUCUCACGACCCUCUCAGCCCAGACGGCCUGAGUGAAUAUUACUUCAAAAUGUCCAGCCGGCGGAUGCGCUAUAAGGAGGUGCAGGUGAUCCCCUGGGUCCUGGCUGACAGCAACUUCGUCCGGAGCCCGUCCCAGAGGCUGGACCCCAGCAGGACGGUGUUCGUGGGUGCCCUGCACGGAAUGCUCAAUGCCGAGGCCCUGGCUGCCAUCUUGAAUGACCUGUUUGGUGGAGUGGUGUAUGCUGGGAUUGACACUGAUAAGCACAAGUACCCCAUUGGUUCUGGUCGUGUGACGUUCAGUAACCAGCGCAGUUACCUGAAAGCCGUCAGUGCCGCUUUUGUGGAGAUCAAAACCACCAAGUUCACGAAGAAGGUCCAGAUUGACCCCUAUCUAGAGGACUCUCUUUGUCACAUCUGCAGCUCUCAGCCUGGUCCUUUCUUCUGUCGUGAUCAGGUCUGCUUCAAGUACUUCUGUCGGAGCUGCUGGCACUGGCGGCACAGCACGGAGGGCUUGCGCCACCACAGCCCGCUGAUGCGGAAUCAGAAGAAUCGGGAGGCCAGCUAGAGGAGCCGGCCUCUGGCAGAGCCGGGGCGCGUGGCUGGCAGGUCGGCCGCAGUCCCGCAGUCCCUAGCCACUGGCGACCAGGGGGCCGGCUUCUCCAGGACAAGGGAAAAUUGUAGUCACCUUUGCACUUGCUGAGUCUGUCUUUGUUUCUGCACUAAUGAUGCACAGUGAGUUUUGUCGGGCUUUGUUUUCAGGGCGUGCGCCAUGGCAGGCAUCCUCUGGCUCACCCCAAGCGACUCCAUCCUUCUCCUAGAUUUCAGUUCCUCAUUUUGCAUAUGAGAAGCAAAAAAAAAAAAAAAAAGGAACUAUGUCCAGAAGGCGUUGACUCGGCUGCCUGCACCUAGGUUUGUUUAUGCUCAGAUGACAUUCCUGCAGUAGGGAUGGUGACAGAGGCCGCAGGCCAUUGGUUUCGUUCUUGCGGUUGCCAUACAGUGCCUUUCCAUUGUUUAACCCCCACCUGAACGGCAUAAACUGAGUGUUCAGCUGGUGUUUUUUUACUGUAAACAACAAGGAGACUUUGCUCUUCAUUUAAACCAAAUCAUAUUUCAUAUUUUAUGCUAGAGGGUUUUUACCGGUUCCUUUUUACACUCCUUAAAACAGUUUUUAAGUUGUUUGGAACAAGAUACUUUUUUCUUUCCUGGCAGCUUUUAACAUUAGCAGGUCUGUGUCCGAGGGACUGCAGGUCACUCUUCUCAAGAGUUGCAGAUUCAAAGCAUUUGCAACCAAGAACACACUUUUUUGUCUUAUUUGAAACUGGACCGGAAGGGAUGUCUGAGCGGCGGCUGCUGUGCGUAGUUUUAAGUGGCUUUCUGCCCCUUCUUCAGUUGCACUCGCGUGGGGGAGGGCGAUAGACGUUUUUAAUCACAAAGUCACACGACUUUUUUCUUUUGUAACUGAGCUAAAAAAAAAAAAAAGGGCUGCUUUUGUGGUGGGGGCGGACGAGGCUCCCGAGGCCCCUGGGAGGCCAGCUCCCUCCCCACACCUUUCAUUCCAGCAGAGAGUCAACAAUGGACUGAAAUGCUACUGGGACUUGAAAACGACUUUUUACUUUCCAUUUCUUUAGUUUUAAAUUACUACCUGCCCUUCCUAGGGAAGCUGUGUGCCAAAGAGCCAGUGUCAUAGCCCUCCCCCGCGCCGCCCUGCUGUCCCGGCCGCUCUGCUCGGGUUCUGUGAAGCUGUGUGAAGUCUCUACCUCAUUGUAGCACCUGCAGGCAGCCGCACUCCUGCAGCACGUGGGGUGAGCUGUGGUGUAGUUUUUCUGGCACAUAAUAAACACGUUGCAGCAAGU